AUGCACUCUUACACGAAAGUAAUGUAUGGUUUAAAUUUAUUACGAGGUGCAAAAAGAGCGGAAUUAGUUGCUGUUGAAGGAAAAGAAAUUGAGACGCACUACGUUCUUGCGAGGGAGAGAAUCCGACGUUGGAAUUCAACAUCUAAGUGCUAUCUCCUGGUUGAAAAUCUGCCGACGCCACUUCAGGCUGGAGGUGUAGCAAGUGCUAGUGUGUGGUCUUCCUGUGGCUGUCGUCAAAGGCUGUUGGCAGCAGUCACCAGUGGAGGUCGAGCAGUACACUGGGCCGCGGUACCAGCGCCAGAUCAUACAAGCAACGAUGACUUAUGCAGAUUCAAUUAUACGUUCCCGGUGACAGCUGACAUGGCGCCAGUGAGCUCCCUGCUCGUCUACUACGUGACGGAGGCUGGGGAGCCCGUGAGCGAUGUCGUCAGCUUUCACGUACGGCUGUUACAUAAGGAGGUCGCAGUUGCUGUGGAAGAAAGACGAUGGUGGUAUCCAAGAGCAGCGCUCCAGCUUCGAGUUCUCGCUCCACCUGACUCCAUGAUGUGUCUAAUUGGUGCACGAUCUCCGCCUGACGCUCGCUUUGAUCCACAUCAACAGUAA